AUGAGAAUCUUAAUUCUGGUUCUCAUCUACCUUUUCAUGAUGACGGCAACAGCAUUGGCUCAUCCCCGUCUUUAUCCUCGGAAUCCAGAGAUGGAGACUGUAACCGAAGAUCCCGCUGCAUAUAGCUUUCCUCUGAAGAAAGAUGGCUCAUAUAAUGCUAAGUAUCGUGCAAAGAGAAGCACGAUGCAUAUCAAAAAGAGAGUUGAUGAUGACGAGGACGUAAGCGAUGAUUUCCAACGGGAUUUUCGAAUGGGAUACGAUGCGUCUGGUGACAUGCAGGCACACUACGGCUACUUCUCAAAAAGAGACAAUGGAUUUCCCUUCGAGGACGACCAUGAGCUUAAGAGAAAGCACCUCCAAGAGAGAAACGCUUUUCGUAGCCACGAAUCUCGGAAGAGAGUACAAUACAAGUCAAAACGGCGCGAAGAAAAUGACGAUGAGAGAAAGGCUGGCCAUUCUAAGAUGGUAGAUCAUGAGAAGGGUUGUUGCAACGGUUAUACAGAGAAAGGGCUCAUUAGCGCGAGAGACUGUGAAUGUCAUGCCGUAGUAGGUGAGGACUGGGGUGAUGGACUAUUGACGGAUCUCAAGGAGGACCAGUGCGCAGAGAAGAUAUAUAACGACUAUAGGAAGAAAAAUCCUUCGAUGAAAUCCGCACCAACAGCUACAGCUGAAGGGCAUGAGAAGGGUGCUCAAGCAGAUUGCAGUGAUUGUGAAGAAAAUGAGCUCCAGUUGCAGAAGACCUAUGAAGACUAUUACCAGGAUCUACAAAGUGAAUGCUUUCAAAGGAGGAGAAGGGAUAAUGCAGACUCAUGGGAAAGCAACGUAUUUGAGACAGAAGAAGGCCAAAUUCAUGAAAAGGAUGGGCCUGUCUUCGACUCUGAGGAUAGCAUCUACGAAACAGGGGAAGGCCAACUUCAUGAAACAAAUAACUACAAUUCUGAAAGCGAAGAGGGCAUGGACAGCGACAUGGGCAGCGACAUGGAGUGCGACAUGGACAGCGACAUGGAGAGCGACAUGGAUAGUGACAUUGAAGAUACUAAUGGUCAUAUAGAAGACUCUUCUAUUGACGAAAUUCUCGACAGUGACUUCUCUACCAAGCAAAAGGAGACUAUACCCGUCACCCUUCUGGAAUUCGUCUGCACAACCAACAGACUUUCUCCGUUAUCAGUUGAUGUCUUUAGAAUAGCAGAAUACUUCAACAACGAUGGUCUAAACAGAAUUUGCAGAGUAGAUCCCCUCCAGGUUAAUCGGUGCACUAGGAUAGGAGGAAUAAGAAGUGCUUCUAUUGGUGUCUGUGAUCACUACCUUGGCUGGCAGGCUGUUUGUGGUGAUGUAGGAAAACAAAUUUUCGAGCUUAUAAGACGUUGCGAGGAGCUAAUUGAUGGGCACUACAAAGUCAGUGGAAAGAUUUUCCGUCAAGGCUGGGGAGGAAAUGUAAUUGUAUACCGGUUGGUCUGA